CACGGCCGAGAUGCCAAGCAAAGGGGGACGGGAGAGAAGGUCUGCGACGCGUUGUCCUCCACGAGGCGCGACCCGCGUUCCGGCCACCAGACUCUUCUCCGUCCGCGGACGGGCCCGGGCGAGGAGGGGGUAAGAGGGCUGCAGUACCCAGAGCCGGGACGAAGGACCGCGGGGUCUGAGGGAGCCCCGAGUCUCGUCUCGCGCCGGCCCUGCUCCUCCACACGAGCUCGCGUUCUGCUGACUAACGGCCCCGGCUCGAGGAGCUGGAGCGGCGGCCGCCGGUGCCGGCUGCUCUCGGGCCUCACGUCCCGAGCGGCCGUGGUCGCAGACGCUGCCACCGCCUCCUUUUCUGGCACUGCAGACAACACCCAGUCCCAGCCAGGUCUUUCUUCUCUACAAUACUCCUUUCUUUGCUCCUCCUCAGCCCGCCAGGCGCGGAGCUCACUCUCGUAGCGGGAGGGACGCUGGAUGGGAACGGAGGGGACAAGUCGAGUCCUCUCUACACCAGGAGUUGGUCACUGACUGGAGGAAGGUGCCAAAGCUGACCCGGGCUCCAGCCUGCGAGCGGGCGUGGGGAGGGACGAAGCCCUUCCUCGCCCAACUUGCACCAAUCACAAGCCGCUCAGUGGAGUCGGUAGCGCUGCGGACUUCCGGAGAGGCUGAGUGGCCUCGGCAGGAGGCGGGGAUUGCGGAAAUGAAAAGCCAAUAGGAGCAGAGGAAACCCACCCCUCCACCGUGAUGGACUGCCGCAUUCGGGCCAAUGGGAGAAUUCUCAUUUCGAAGAAAGCGGGACUUGUUCACCCGGUUUGAGGAAAAGGCUUGCGUGGGCGGAGGGGCGGGGGUGCUGGUGGAGGCUGAGCUUCGCGGAGUUUCCUGGACCCAGAGCGGGGAGGGCUAGAGGGUGUCCUUUUACCUCUGCGGGGAGUCACGUGUACCGACUGGGGGCGGAAAGGCUGGAUAAGUUCCUUCCGGGUCACUGAGAGAAGCGUCAACACCUGUGGGAAGCCUCUUCGGGUCCUCCGUGCAACUUUUUUAGGUAUACCCCACUUGAGGUGGUUGUGGUCUCGGCGAUGAGUUCCCAGAAGGGCAACGUGACUCGUUCCAGACCUCAGAAGCACCAGAAUACAUUUAGCUUCAAAAAUGACAAGUUCGAUAAGAGUGCUCAGACCAAGAAAAUUAACCAAAAACUUCAUGAUGGACUAUGUCAGCGCUGUAAAGAAGUUCUUGAAUGGCGUGUAAAAUACAACAAAUAUAAACCAUUAUCCAAACCUAAAAAAUGUGUUAAAUGUUUACAAAAGACAGUGAAGGAUUCUUACCACAUAAUGUGUAGACCAUGUGCCUGUGAACUUGAAGUUUGUGCAAAAUGUGGAAAGAAAGAAGACAUUGUUAUUCCGUUUAAUAAAAAUCCAGAAAAGACAGAAAAUAUUGAAGAUCAUGAAAGUUACAGCCAUAGAAGAAACUGCAAAAGACAUGAAGAAAGUGAUGCUGACUUAGAUUUCGAUAUUUAUUUAGAUGAUUCAGAUAAUAAUCAAAUGGAUUAAUGACUGUAUUGGAAGUUAGAGAAUGUGGAAUUUGACCAACUUUUACCUUUUUGGUUCUCAUGAAAAAUAUUGUGAAAUCCUAAUAAGAAAAAUCAGAAAAAAUCUAUAGAAAAUAGGUAUAUACCUGAGCAAUAUAAAUCAUGUAAAAUGUUUGAAUAAUUCUCAAACUUUCAUCCAGAGUUUUCUUAUAACAAAUUUUUCAAGUUUGCAUAUACUAGAAUAUCUGCCAAAAAACGUAUCAAGGUAUCCUGUUGCAGUUCAUGAGAAUUAUUUAAAAGAGUAUAUUACCUAAUAUCGAAAUAAACAAGACUCAGAAUUGGUGAUUAUAUAAGAACUAUCUCAUUCUUAUUAACUUAUUUUUACAAAAUAAGAUGAUAUUACUACAACUUGCAUCAAAAAUUAGUAAACCUCUGGCUUGACAAAAGCUCUCUUAUAUUUGCUCAUUAAAAGCAAAAGCAGGGCUGGGGAGAUAGCUCAGUUGGUAGAGUGCUUGCCUUGCAAACACAAGGCCCUGGGUUUGAUCCCCAGCACCGCAAAAAAAAUAAAAAAAAGCAAAAGCA